GAACAGUAAAAGCCAAACAGCGUUAGCUCCGCUGUAAUGACGUUAGCCUCCUGGAUGUUUUUCUCCGCCGUUUACGAGUUUGGAUACUGGGGACCGACAUCCAUGAACCUCUCCGGUCCCGUUGCACAGAGACUGUGACCUCGACAGAGUCAGCUCGGUGUCGUCCCGAAGAUCCUGAAGGUUUGUUCUUCCUGUGACAGUUUGGAGUCCCAAACCGGAGAGACUGCGUAACGGCAAACCGUUUAGCUAGCGUUAGCAUGCACGGCUACCCUUAACGGCAGUAUGUGUCGAAAAAAAGGACAGUGUUUUCUACCAGUGUCCAUGACUCAGAGUAGCAGUGAGAUUGAGUUUUAACCCGCCUUGGUAAACAGCAUUAAUUACUCUUUAGUCCCGCGAAGCUGAUAUGAAAUGAAUGUAGCUGACUUAGCAUGCUAGCGUGUUGUCAGGCUAAGGUCAAGAAGCUGGCCAGUCUGACAGCUAACGCUAACAUGGUACCCCUCAGUCUAGAAACGGGAUAUACGGCAGACAGUCAUGGUGCCACCAAUUUAGAGCGACUCUGAAUCUUGAAAAUACACACUGGUAUUGCUUUGGGCUCUGGAAGUUGGAUGCUUGAAACUUUCAAUAGCCCUAGGCUAGCUUGGUGUAAAUAUAACUAAGGUCCUCAUAGAGGUUGUGGUUCCUCGGAUACAGUGAGAUUGUCUGAUGUUGAAGCAUUCACACAGGUUAUCAGAAAUAGCGAAAUAGUUGUGGCAGCUGAUAAAAGCUGAUGAAGGAGGGUUGGAUUUGGUGUGAUUUGCCUCUUCCUGAGGUUGCUGAAGCUGCCCUGGGUGUGAUGGUCUCCAUGCUGCACGUUUAUUCGUUUGUUGUCAAAGUGCUGCAGGACUGCAUUAUCAUGCUGCUUUACAGGUAACUCAUAGAUUAGGAAGUAAAAAGGUUGUCGGUCAUUAGCUUGGAAUGUUUCAGGUUUUACAGAUCCAUUACUGUCAUAGCAAGAGGGACUGGUAUUAUUAAGAAGGGUGUGAUGGCUUUUGGUCUGUCUGCAGUGCUUCAUAUCCUUCUGAACAUGCACCGUGUUUCCUCUGUCUUCCAUUAAAGUCAUCCGGACUCUUACUGUGAUUGAUAACGUCUAUAUGAUGGUAUCAUCAACUUUGUAAUACAGAAAAAAAGCCCACUUCCUCUGUGUCUGCCUGGUUUAUACCUUCAUCAGUGGAAGUUCAUGAUAUGCUUCCAGAUCUUCAAACUCACGAGUUUGGGAUAUUCAAUAGGAACUGACAUUGAAAUGACAUGGAUCAGCUCAGCUGUAGACUAAGGAAAAUGUGCUUGGCUUAAAAAGACCUACCAACUGUGAGUUAUCCUUUGUGUAUACUUCAGUACCCUCAUGUCAACAUUGAAUAUCAGAAUGUUUGCCUUUUCAUAAUCAGUCUGCUUAUUUCAUUAUGUGCUGCUUGAUGUCAACAUCAGGUGUUGACAGCGCCUGUUGUGCACCUUUUUCAAGUUCAAACUCUCUUUCUUGUUCUGCAGCUUUCUCUUUUUCAGAUUGUAAACUACUGUCAACCCUCUGGUGUCGCAUCUGUUCCCGUAAUUACAUGUUUCAAAUUCCAUUAUUUUGCACUUCAAAACAGUUUUUAAGCACUUAUUAACAAUGAAGAGCGAUAGUAUUCACUGGACAUUUGAAUCAUGACUUUAACAUAAUUAUCGAAAUAAAUGCUGCGCUGCUACAACUGUGUGGUCUGAAAUCGUGACUUGAGAAGCUUUGAUAGUUUAAAAAUGUGUUAAUAUUGUUACCCAUCAAGACAUUUUAAAGAAGUAUAUGAUCAAAAUGUUCAAUCAGCGUCAAUAUGGUGAGCCGAUUGAGUACUCACUGACUUCCAGCGAUCCCUGGUUAAUGCACUUUUCAGGAGUUCCAGUUUGGUUGAUGUCUGUUUUGAACAUGUCCUGUAUGCAUGGAUGCAUGUUGUUCCCUGCAGCGGUAAGACAUGACCAGUCCACAACAUGAUAACAUGGGGAUAUCCUUGACACCAGGAUCUGCCACUAUGUUGAGUGGUGUGCAGUCAAUUGCCCCCAUUUAGCAGCACUGUAUUAAACUUCUUUAAUUUAGUUUCAUCCGGACGUCUGUGGAAAUCAUCACAUUUUAAAAAAGCGCACAAUGUUGUGGCAUCAGUUUGGUUAGCUGCACCUGUCUGCUCAGCUUGUAUGUGGCAGCUCAAUGUUUAAAUACACCUGUGAUAUUUCAGUCCUAUUUCACACUGGAUUAGUUUUGAUUCGUCCUCUUAGCUUUCUGGGUUUUUUUUUUUAGAGGAAAUGUGCCAUUCAAAAGCUCAACUGUGUCAUUACUCUCCAUCGCGAGUCAACAUGACCAGGGAGACCACAGUGUACUGAAGAGAAAAGAAAAUAGCGCACAAAAUUUAAAAACUAAUGCACCCAUUUCAGACCUUCAUUUCAUUGUAUUUAAUCUGUUAACACUAAUAUACUCCCAUGCAAAUACAAUCAUUUUGUUCAUAUUAAAUCUGCCAUCAAGUCUAAGAUGUUGAACAAAUGAUUAAAAAAAACAUCAAAUCCUUCCAGAGCUCAGUAUCAGUCUCCUGAUAACUUUUUUUUUGUCCAACAAACAGACCACACCUACAAAAACCUUUUUAUGCAUAAUCUGAAAUGUCAAAAACGCUAAAUUUCCUUCUAUGUAAAAAGCUGUGGUGUCAUUUAUUUUGGUAAAAGGGUUAAAAAAAAAAAAAAUCAAAUAUCAAAAAUCCCAACGUUUUUUUUCACCGAAUCCUUCCUUCAUUGCAUUUACUCUAAAAACUUAAUUUGCGUGCGUGUUUGUGUCGUCAGCUGACUGACGUGUUUUGAGUUUCUGUUGCCAUGGGAACAACUCAGUCUUGGGUUUGUGGUAAGAGAGGAACCCAGAUGUUUGACAUGUGUGGUCCUGGUGGUUGCUUUGAUCUGAUCUGUUGUCUCUCUCAGAUGAUUGUUGAUAGGACAGAUUGUUCUACUUUUUGUGUGUGUGCAUACGUGCGUGCGUGUGUGGGUCACUCAGCAGCUGUUGAGCUCUGUCAAGAGACUCGGGCAGCAGCUGUGGAUGUGUUUUUGUGUUAUUUCCCCUCUUGUAGUUUGUGAAUUUGGAGAGUGACAGAUGUGUUUGGCGUUUGUCUCCCACAAGGCUUCAUGAUACAGAUACAGAUCUCUGUCCCUGUUCCUUCUCUCCCUCAUUUCCUUUUCUAUUUGUGACCAUCAUCAGAGCUGCAAGAAGAAAUCAUUGCAUUUGGUCGUCCAGUCUUGCUUGCCCACUGUUUGCUUGUCAGUUGUGAAUAUUUUCUUGUUGUGCCACAUUUCUCUGAUUCUUCACCGAAUAUUUUGACGUUUUGGAGAAAAAAGACAUUUUGGGACAUCAUGUUCAGUAUUGACCAAUCAUUUAGAGCGAUAGCCCUAACGACAUCCUGAUGCCUGUCAGCAGUAAUCUACCUAUGAAUUAUUUCUCCUAACAAUCAAAUAUCUGGAUGAAUUUCUACAAGUACAGGAAACAAUCUAUUUAGCCUGAACCACAAAUCAGCUUGACACUGUUUCACAAUUGCUGAUCACUUUGGAGGUUUCCUGACUCCCUGUCAUGCAUCAGAAAUGACCAAUCAGACCCUCAUUCAACAACCAAACAUUUCAAAGUCAAGACCCAGAAAUUAAAAGAAAACUGAUUCCUUUUGUAAGUUUAUCUACUAAAGCCAAGCCAGGGUAAGGGCCUUUGUCCACUAACAGCAUUUUGGCAUUAGCAGCAUUUGAACCAAUAUAGUUUGGUGUUUUCAGGGCUUAGCUCUGAGCAUAAGGACACCCUCAGCAGCAUCAGCUGUUUUUUGUUGUAGCCCGCACAGAAAUCUCAGUUGAAAAGAAUCUAACUUUGGAACACGACUGUUCUUGUCAAAUCAAGAAAAAGGGCAAAACUGUCAAUAUCAACUUCAUCGUCUGCAGCGGCAGAUCAUAAGCUUUGUACAGGUUAUUCUGUCCACCAAGACACUUUUUUUUCGGUUUAAUGUCCAAUAUAAAUCUGUCUUUUUCCAUUGUUUUCCAACCUGCAAAAUGUCAAAAAAUCAAAAUGCCAAAGGCAAAUAAAAUAUACUGCCACUACCAAGAGAAGCAGAGGUGCUGCCAGACAACCCCUUUAUCCUUGCACUCAGGGGUGUGCAAUAUUGACAACAAGAUAACACCUAGUUAUUUGAUGGAGUUUUCCUAGCUGCAAUAAUGAUCCUAAUUGACUCUGCAAAAGCUUGUCCUGUAUGUCCUCUGACUCAAAACACUGAGUUAGUGAGUGAGUUAGAUAGUUUGUUUAUUGCUGGGAAAAUUAAUUUUCACAGAUUCUGUAUGUACAGAUAUGAAGCCCAUUACAUCAUUCAUUUCCAGCAGUGAGAUGAAUGAAGACAAUCAGGUGAUGGUGGAGGGUGUGAGACUUUUUUGAAGCAGUGCUCUGGUGUAUCUGAGUGUUCUGUGUCUGCGUCCAGAGGGCAGUAGUGUGAAGUAAUGGUGUUGUGGAUGGGUGUAGUCUUUGCGAUGCGUUUGAUGGUUUUGGCAUUUAACUGACUGAGAUUGGGAGUGGGAAUGUCUAUGACCUUUGAGCCAGUGUAAGUUGGAGGGGAAUUUCGGAGGACCAGGGACCAGUACAUUUGGUUUCUAAUGGACUUCCUUAAAGAAGAACAGGAAAGUUAGCUGGUUAACUUUGUACUUAGCCUGGUUUACUUUGGGGAUAGAGGAUGCAAUUCUUCAUGCAGCAGCUAUUGGUUUGACUCCUUACUUUGGCUGUGCUUGUUCAGUUUGUGGUGAUGUGUGGACAGCCGCUUGUGCUGUAGAUGUGCAUGUGCAGUCUUCUGUCCUACUUGGGUUGAUUAUAUUCAUCAGAUUUUACUUUUUUUUAGUAGUUUUGGCUAAAUGAGUGACAUCCUUGAUUUUGUCAUUUUUCACAUGGUUAAAACUCUGUAGGUAUUAUUUGAGGUGAUGUAGAGGGCACACCUUUAAAUGUUUCAAAAAAAGCUGCCAGUGGACUCAGGCCCCAAAGUGUCCGUGCAGCUUAUCUUUUACAGUGAAGCUGAGACUCCUUGAGGCUCCUUCAGGAGUUGUGACAAAGUAAAAAAUGAAGACUUUAUUGUCACAGAUAAAGUAGGAACACACACUCCCAUUUCUCAUGUUGCUGAUUAGACUGUGAACAGCGCUGUGCAUGGAAAAAGACGGCUGAGCUGAAAUUCAUUCAUCACUUUCCUGCUGUGAGAAGGCCUGAACAGUCACUGUAACAUUGGGAAGCACUGGUCAACGUUUUCAUCCUUUUCUGACAUUUUGAUGGACCAAAAAAAAAAAAUUAAUUCUUUCUUACAUGAUUGACAGAUCGGUCGGUGGUCUCAGCCCUUUUAGCUGUAAUGCACUCUGUAAUUACCUCGUACCCCUUUAAUAGCUUGUCUCUUUUCCUCUGGAUGGCCUUUCUUUACAUUUUAUCUCACUUUAACUUCCUCCCCCAUCUGUUCUUCUUAAUGACUUCCUCUUAUCACCCGGUCCUCCUCACAGCCUUUCUCUCUGCUACCUCCUGCUAUGUCUUCACGUUUCUCUUUGUUUCAUUGACCUUUUUUCUCUCCUCUUUUUUUCUCUCUUUUAGAAAAUAAAACUGGCAGCAGUAAUAGUUACAUCACAUUUUUAUUGCUUAUUGAUCCUCUGUUAUUACACUUGAACUGGGGGCUGUAAUUUCUUCUUGUCUCCUUUUCUUGUGAGUUGUGGGUUUAUGAUUAUCCCAGGAUUGUCUGCGUGUGUGUGUGUGUGUGUGUGUGUGUGUGUGUCAGCAGUAGCCACCUUCAGCCCUUAUUUAUGAUCAUAUAGCUCAGUGAUGCUACUCUUCACUGAUGCAGCCACUCAGCAGUAAUACACACAAGCUGCUGACUUAAGAUAUAAUACUGAUGAUGAAGAUGAUGACGUCUUGGCCGUUUCUUCCGUAAGUUGAAGUCUGCGGUGUAUCUUGAGCAGUGACGCUGUGAAAGCACCAGAUUAGAUUCUGUGAAAUGGUAUUAAAAAGGUCAGUUUAUAACAAACCAAAUAAAAAGGUGUCAGAUUAAAAUUAGACUGUUACAUCCAUGUAUUAUUUAAAACCCUUCUUCUCUUAGAAAUCACAAAAAAACACAUUUUCAGGCGGUUUGAAUGUGUGGUCAUGUCUUAAAUACACAUCUAGAGUAAACAAGCACGUUCAAGUUAUCACAAAAGUUCCUGUUUCCCAGCUGGAUUGUGAGAUAAGUCACGGCCAGAGUGAGAAGAUGUGACACAUCACAUUGAACUGAAGGCGGGCACUGUUUGCUUUGUCUUUGCCAAUAAGUACCGUCACAGCGGGAGAGUGAAGAAACAAAGACAAUGUUGACCGUAACAGGUACAAUUCUCAGCCACUUUGGUAGAUAGAUUUCUUUCUCUGUUAUCAAUGAUAAGAGGUUUUAAAAAGAAAUCCUUCAGGCAGAAAUCAUCAGGUGAACCUCUCAGAUACCUCUGACUCAGUGUGUACAGAUCUUUUCAGUUUUCAAAAGCUGUUAGACAAAAAGACUGAGUAGGUGGUGUAAAUGUCAGGGGACUUGUCUGAGUGGCAGUUGGGGAGAAAGUACAAUCAAUCUCAUAUCAGUUUUUAAGACACUAGUGUUCCCUUUUCAGUACAGAUGCAGAAUCAUAGCGAGUCCCCCAUCUGAUACUAAACGGCACAUAUUAGUAGUGGGAAAAACGAUAGACUGUAUAAUAAUGGGUCUAGUCUUACUGACGUCACCCUUUUGUCCCAGAAACAGAGUUUUAAAGCCUGGCGGCUCUAAAACGAAUACAGAAAUAGAGUUUUAAAGCCUGGCUGUGGCAACGACUGCAUUGAAAACUUUCAGUCAGCCUAACCGAGGUGAAGAGGUGGAGCUGAGGCGGGCGUUUAACCUCCUUUCUAACAGCUACAGUCUGCCCGCCUGUCAGUCAAAUAAGCUGUGUCUUUAAUUAUGCAAAACAUACAACCUUAAUAUCUUUGAAACUUAUGCAUUAUUCAGACACUCACCCUCUACACUAUGUUCAGAUAGAGAAAUGAGCCAUUCAAACCAAAACCAUGAUUUUUGAACCAGGCUGGGAACAUGUUUGUUUUUGCUGUGAGUGUAUAUGUGGCUUUUACAGUCAACUUGAGCCGAUUUCCAAAGAACUGCAGAUUUUAAAGGGAUAUUCCAGCGUAAAAUUAAGUAAGGGUCAAACACACCAUAACCACCUGAGAGUUAGACGCUGUUGAGAGAUGAAUGUUGCAGACUUGCUUGCUUCUCUAGUUAUACCAACUUCAGUAACGACCACAGAUAGCAACACAGAGAGCCACGCACUCAACCAAAAAGCCACUCCAUAGCCACAAAUAACUCUCAGAACAACAACAGUACAUAUAGGGUCCCAGCCAUAGUGCUAGCCAUCAAACAUCUUUUAACUUUGCCUAAUUUCUUUAGCAAAGAGACUAAACAUAACUUACCGUCUCUCUUCCAGCAGCCGCUUGUUUGUACGGAGACCUCCUGGCGACUGCAUCGGGGUGACGCAGCUCAAAGAAGAACAUUUAUCUGACUGAAAUGCUGAGGCAGAAGAACUACCACGUCUGCUGUGCAAAAUGAUUAUUAUGAUGAUUAUUACUUCAAGGAAAUGAUAAAGAAAUGAUCAUAAAUGUUCUUCCUUGAGCUGUGUCCCCCUGUCUCAGUCAAUGGACUCGCCCAGAGGUCUCCGUACAAACAAGCGGCUGCUGGAAGAGAGACGGUAAGUUGAAACCAGGCAAAGCUAAAAUAUGUUUGGUGGCUAGUAGUAUGCCUGGGACCCUAUAUGUCCUGUUGAUGAAGUUAGGUGCUGUUCUGAGCAUUAUUUGUGGCUAUAGAGUGGCUUUUUGGUUGAGCGCGUGGCUCUCUGUAUUGCUAUCUGCGGUCGUUACUAAAGUUGGUUGAACUAGAGAAGCAAGCGGUCUGCAACAUUCAACCCUCGAGGGGGUGUCUAACUCGGCUUCAUUUCUUGAUUUCUUCAGAUCAGAAGAUGCCUCUUGAUAAAAACGCAGAUAAUUGGUCAUUUUGAACAACACGACACUGUAAACUGGACCUGCAUGGUGGGGCUGUAGGUUGCACUUUCAAAUGUGUUUAUUAUGAGCACUUGUAUCGUAGUAGUAAUGAAACUGUGAUGCAGUGUGCAGCUUUACUCUUAACUAUCACAGAGUCUUAUUUUGAUGUAAAACCUGUUGAUUUGGGUUCCUGUGAGUUCUGCAUGUAUCAGUGCAUUUGCUGGCAUCCACCUCAGUACCACAAAGAGUAUUACAAGCGGUUUUGGAGCUUGAUAAUGCCUCUAGUAUCAGAGUCAGAGCACUUCUAAAUCUUAUUCCCACUGUCCUGGUUAGAUCAAUCCAUCCGUUUCCUGCUGUGUGUCUGAGUCAGAGUCAAGUAAUCUGGAGAUUUAAGCACGUAGCCUGCCAGAUCUGCUUCUCUUUCAUAGCGUCAUCUCCCAGCUCCUUCCAGACGCUCCUCAGGUGUUUGAAGGCCAGAAGAGUAAACCGUUUUAGUCCUCUAAUGUGUCUGUACACAGCCCGCAUACAUGCUGCAGCGAUCCUCUGGUUUGAUGCUUCAAUACAGCCAGCCACACUGAGCAGACACUUCAUUCCUCUGAUUUCAUUUAGUAAAUUUCUAAAGUACCGUGAGCAGAAAACAGUAGCAAUAGUUUCAGAUUUUUGCCAACUGCAUUUUGAACCCUGACCAUAGUCUGACAGUCUCUCAUGGUUUGAGAAUAUCUGUAAGAGGACUUCUUCCUCACUUUGAUUCUGUUUGAUGCUGACUGCAGUAAACGGCUGCUGCUCUAACCACCUGAGAGUGUAACAUCAUGGAAAGAGAGAAAACAUCUGAAGGAAGAAUAACAGCAGAAGCAUUAUAACCAGUUUUAGUAGGUCAGUCUGUGUGGUUGUAAAAAUAAUAUUUGAAGUGAAGAACUGAUGAUGAAAGACGUUCAAAUGAGCCUCAUCUGUGUGGAAAAAAAAAGAUUGACACCGGCCCAAGAAGAUGAAUAAAAAGAAGAAGAUAGAAUAAAAAAAUAAAAAAAAAACGUGCAAUCAUAUGGACUCACAGACAGCAGGGUUUCUUCCAGACAAUGCGGCGCACCCAAACUGUUGCGCUCUGGCUACACUAACUUAUUGUUGAUUAUAUUCUGUUUUCUUCAUCUACCACUGGUUUUGUCUCAGAAACGGACUGACUUUUUCUUCUUUAAGACAUGAAGCCAGUUGAAAGCUGUUUUUUUCCUUUGGGGGUUUUUUGUUAACAAAGCAACAGUCUGUAGCUGUCUAAAGUUGUAAACAAAUGCCAUGUGCAAAAAAAAACUUCUCAUUGGUCAGUGUAAUGAUAGUGCACUGUCUACCUUAUGUUUGUUUUGCAUCUUUAAAAGUGCACAACAAAAUGUGACACUGAAUUUAAAACGGCACGUUGUAAUUUCUGCAUUUAUUAUAUAUUAAUCAGUAAUACAGUUAAAAUUAGAGGAAAUUUGAUUUAUUUGCCUUGCAAGUCAAGUUACAGUGUGCACCCCUCAAUUUUCUGCUUGCGCUCCUAAAAUUUUUAGUUAGGGGUUUUUGUGCUCUUAGCAAAACAACUUAGUCUGGAGCCCUGUGAGUGCAAUAACUAACACAUAGUUCAUAAACCUUACUUUGACUAGUUUAGAAUGCACUUAUCAAACACCACAUCAAACACUGUCCUGUGUUUACUUUCUUCUUUCUCCUCCUCCAAACUUCAGUCAGUUCAGGGAGUGUGAAUGAAAAGCUAUUUGUGUGAACUAAGCGUUAAGUCUGACUGGCUCUGAGCUCAGACAUUGAGAUGGGCCAAGUGUUCAGAUUCACUAAGCUACAAGGCUAAUUGUCUUAGGUAGGCAGGAGUGUACAAAACAUUCAGGAGGCAGCGUCUAAGUUUGAGUCAGCCCUGGAGCAGCGUCACGGCUUUUGAAUAGUGCAAAGUGUUUACAGAGUCCAUGUUGGUGGAUAAUGUGGUUUAUAAUAAUAAUAAUAAUGCAUCAGAUUUCAUUUAUCGCUUUAUCAGAGACCUUCAAAGCGCUUUACAUACAUCAUUCAUUCAUAUUCACAUAUUCAUUCUAUUCUAUUAGUCUCUAUAGUGCUAGUCAAAAAAACAUCCUGACUCGGUGCAGUGGAUCUUAUUUGAACAACUUCCUCCUCUUAGCUUUGGAGAAACUUUGCAAUUACAGACUAUUUUACGGACUAAAGUGUUUUGCAAAAUGUAAAAUUGAAGAGUUUUUAACGUGGUUGAAGCAGGCACUGCUGUGUCUGAGAGUGCAGGAUAGAUCAAGUUUUGUGACAUCUGAUAUGAACCAAAACUGUGCAAAGUUCAAAGAAAGUAUCUUAGACACAACAGAGAAAACAAGAAGAUGUCAAAUACAUCUUAACACAUAUGAGUGAAACCAUGAUGUGGUAGUUCUCAGAAAACUAACAGGCUGGAGUCAUCCUUUGUUUCUCUCUUACAGGAAAUAAAGAAAGCUACAUGGAGGCUUUAAAAACAUAUUUAUGUCAGAUUGAAAAAGUUCUGAAUGGAUGAGUAAAAAUGAAAAGCACCAAUAUUUUGCUUUCUCUCUCUCUGUCUCUCUGGUGAAAAUGUUUCACUUUAAAAUAUUCUUCAAGUUUAGUCAGGAGUCACAGAGUCAAACACAGUGAAGUGUAUUCAGUAUAUUUUUAGGUGCAAGUGAAGUCAGACUAUUAACCGUUCAAUAAACAUGAUUUUGAGUGCAACUUCUUUUGAAGGGAAACAGGGAAAACUGGGCAAAGGUUCCUGUAUGAAUUUUUAUUUAUAUGGAAGUUGAGUUUAUGGGAGCAUUGAUAUCUGGGAGGUUCAGACAGCCUUAUGCCGCCCCUUUCUGCUGGUCACAAAUUCAUUUUAAUCAAACCAGCUCUUGACUGGAUUUAUUUACCUCAUAGCAGCACUGUUUACUUUGAAGGCAUGAUUAUAACCUCAUGAGGGAGAGAGAUGUCAAGAAGUGGUACUCCAAGUCUGGUCUGCCCAUGUAUCUGCCAUGUGCAGCAAAUCAGUCGUUUUCUGCCUCCUCUGGGUCAAAUACUUCAAAUGACUGUAUUUCUGAAACAGCAAAAAAGGUUUCAAAAGUGGAUCUUAUACACAAGUUUUAUAGUUGAUUGUUGUACUUGAAUAUAAAAUUGAUAUGUUAUUGAGGGUGUCUAGAUUUUGUACAUCCAAGGUAACUUUGAACAGCAGAUGGAUUGGCCAGAUUCCGCUGCUGUCAUCUGUUCUUGCAAAGCUUCACGCUGGUACGCUUGUUGCUGGCGAGGAAAUGACCACAGGAGUCAGCGUCAUUUAAGGUGACAGAGGCCGUGUUUGUAAACCUAGGUUAGCUGCGAUGUAAAGAAGCUUCUACACCUAAAUCUUUUUACAAAAAUGACAAUAAAUUUGUAUUGACAUUCAUGUCAUUUGUUCCUCAGCAGCACAUGACGACCACAUCCUAUGCUGUGUUGCUCUCUGAUUGGCUGCUAAUAAAUAACAAACUAAACUUGUCAUGCUCAGAGUUCUUCAGAGAGGUUCUGCCCUUCCCAGUCACCAUCUAAGCGCACAUGAAACUCACAUGAAAUAUCUUCCAUACUGCGGAUGUAUGAAACAGUAUCUGGUGUGUCAGGUUACGCCAAGAGUGAAUGGGAUGCACAGCAUUCAGGGCGUUCUUAUCGAGGUGUUUUGUUCCACACUGUAAUGACAACAAAAGCUUUUCUAUUUCUUAGUGUGUACUCGUCCACGAGUUCCUGAGGACAGGAGUAUAACCUGUGUAUAACCUGGCAACAUGAAGUUAUUCACUGUCAGAAUGUGGUUGAUUUUUAAAGCCAUCAGUGAACUUUGUGUCAAGAAAAUUCAGUGUUGGGAUACUUAAAGGUUCAGGAACAUGGUUGGGAAGGUUCUGGAUUCAUGCACACUGAUCUUCAAACCAAAAUGAUCCAAGUGCUGAAACUCCUCAGCACACAGAUGCUUCUCACUACUAAACAACACGACACACUUCCACUCAGAUAUUCUUGGAGAAACUUAAUUGGCUCUAUCGCUGACUUACUGAAGGACAGAAAGAUUCUCACACACACACUCUCACUAACAUACGCUUGCACACUCUCACUCAGUCCUUCAGUCAGAAAUAGCCGCUUAAUCAGUCUGAAGAUGUUGUAGAGCUGUUGUGAUCCCACAGCUUUGUCCUAGUGAUGGCUGAUGAUGUAAGAUAUGCCCACAUAGAUCCUCUUAGCUGAUUGGCUGGCUGCUCAGGUCAUUCAUCACACCUGGCAGGACACAGGGGCUGAUUAGUGAUCAGGUUGUUUGUUUGGACAGUGAGUUAUUUCCUGUCAACCUCUUUGACGGACUGUUUUCUGACUGUUUAUCAGGGCGCUGUAUUGGCAGGAAUCUGCUGAUAAGUGGUGAUGAUGCGAUGCACUGUGAUAUAUUGAGAUUUUCUUUGACCAUACAGUGUUCGCUGCAUAAACAAAUAUGGUUUAUUUUUAUAGAUCCCCUCACAACGGUCGAACCUGCAGCUGUAUUCUGCAGCUCGUACUCAAAGUCAAAGUGACACUCUCUGUUGAGCAAAGAGACUUCAACACCCUGGCUUAAACUUCUGUCAGUGGCAUGUUGUCAGUGUCAGACUCCAACAUUUUUAACCUGUGAAGCCAUCUUCCUCCAUAACACCAUAACACUGCAGACCAUUGAAGAUAGAGCCUCGCAUUGACUGCUUUAUUUUGGUUGCACUAGUUGAGAUUUAAACAUAUUUUUAUACCUUUAAGAACUUUUACACAUUUUCAUAAGUGCAGCAUAGGCAGUUCAGGCUGCAGACCUGCUCAGAUUUCUUUUUCAUAUAAAAAAUAAUCAGGAAAUUUGAAUUAAAAAAUUAUUUGGAUACUACGACGGGCCUGAGGUGCAGAAAACAAUAGCAAAUCAGAAAACACAACGACAUUAACUAUUGUGUUUUCUCUUGUGUUGUUUUCUUAUUUGCCAUACUGUCUUCUAAUUUGCUGAUGUGUUUUCACUUUUCGUGUUGUGUUCUCUGAUUUGCUAUUGUUUUUCUCUUUUUGUGUUGUGUUUUCUUUUUUUGUGUUGUGUUUUCUGAUUUGCCGUUGUGUUUUGCACCUCAGGGCAACUGUAGGAUACAGUAGAAAUAUGACAAUGCACGAUGGCGGCCUCUGUGGAUGGGGUCAACUCCUGGAUAGAUAACUUAAAACAAGCAAAAUAAGCUUCAGCUCAGCCCACAGUCUCCUUUAUGUCUCAGAGAAGUAAAUUUUCAGCCUGAAUCUGCCUCUUUUAAUGAUCUGUUUAGAUUAUGUUUUGGAAAAUAAACCUUAUAAGAAUUUGUGCCAGGUGAUGUUUGUAGUAAAUAGUGUAUAUGGCUCCCUCAUAGUUGAUGUUUUAAAACUAAGACAAUAAAAUUAAAUAGAAGCGAGCUGUCUGGUGUCUUCAGGGUUCAGGUGGUUACGCGCUCGCUCCUCAGUUUGGCUAAACAAUAUUAAUGUGAAGUGGAGAAAUUGUGAUCGCAAAUUUUAAUACCACAUAGUCAUAGUCAGUCAGUUUGUCGGUUUUUUUAUGCAUCCUCUAUAUCCUCACACUCCUGCAGACAGAGAGACUGAGAGAAGGCAUAAACAGAGGAGAUGGGAGGUGAGGGGAUUUAGGAGAGGGAUGGAGCAGACAGGAGGAGGAGAGCGUGUGUGUUUAGGGGCGAGCAGGGGGGAGGCGAGUCGUCCUUGAUUUUGACCUCCACCAACCUAUCUACAGUGUUCUUCAUCACACUGCACACAGGACGCUGCCCGCUGGAAACACACACACAUACACACACACACACACACACCUGUUGUCUGUGUGCCAGGAAUGCUCAGCAGACACAUAUAGACCCUCAGGACCACCGAACAGAGGGGUUAUCACACACCAGCUGUUCACUCAAUACCCUGAUACCUUCGUCUGUGUGAGCACAGGUCUGAACCAGGGAUUAAACUCAAGGCUUGUUGUUCAUUGUUCUUUCAUUAGUCUGUGUGUUUUUAGGACCUCUCCAGGGUCAGACAGUAUACACAUGUAGACCUGCAUGAAGUGAAAACCAAAUCUGUCAUGUGCAGUGACCUUUAGUCUUAACCACACAAACAUGAUAUCGGGCUGGGUGGCUCCGAUAUAUUUACCAACCAUAUUCACACUUUCUCUUUUUACCGUAUAUGAUAGCCUAAUGUGGUUGAUAUCAUGAUCUACGUUUACUUUGCAGCUCUUGCCAACAUGCACAAGUGUAUCACCAGUGUGCUCCAUGGAUGAUCAGUAGGAGAGAGAGAGAGAGAGAGAGAGAGAGAGACGUCUGCUGUUAUGUCUCUCCUUUAAUGCAUUGUCUGCAGAGUGACGUCUCGUGUUAAUUCUGGACCUUGGACGCUGUCGUUUAUGUUUACAUCUGCUUUGUGCAACUGGUUGCUGCUGCUGCUGCUGUUGUUCUGCAGUCUGUGAAGCUCUGCAAAAGCACCGUAGGCGUGCACUGUGACACUGAUCUGUGGAUCUUUACAGACUUUGGAAACUCUGAUGUCAUCACAGUAAUGACUGAGAACUGGACUGCAGAGUAGCUCAAGUACAGCACUCUCGAGUCACAGUCAGCUGUGACUCGCUCAGUCUCCAAAGUUCACUGAAGUUUUUCUUUUUGUAGUCUAAGUGUGCUAACAUCAUAACCAAGCUCUGCCGUUAUCGCACUUUUGUACUUGUGUAUCCCAGUCUAGUAUCACUACUGAUAUGUUACUAAUAUUAAUAUCAGUACUGAUAUAUAUAUAUAUCUCUCCUGCAGUAGAGCUUAUUCACCUCUUACUCCUAUUGUGGAAGUCUCAUAAUAAAUCUAAGCAAACAUUUGACUCCACAGUAGAUUUUAAAGUGCACCCACUCAGUGAUGUGUCUGUUGUCUGAUUACGACACUUUAAAAUACUUUCAUGAAUUAUCGGGUUGAUUUCACUGAUCCCAGCACAGAUCAGAUGUGACUUCAUGUUCCCUGUUUGCUGCUAACUUUAGAUUUUGUUGCUCAUGGGAAAAUGGGAAAGAUGGUUUACUGUCUGUUUGCAUGUUUGUGUGUGGUCGUGUUGUGUGGCUGUGUGUGUGUGGUUGUGUGUGUGUGUGUGCUCUUCAGCCUGCAUCUGGGGCUCAUGCUUGGUCAAGCUUGGAUCGUGACUUCAGAUGAGACUGUGAGAUGCUGAGUUUCCAUCCUGGUUAAAUUUGUACAGCGUGCUGUGAGCAGUCGUGAUCAGAGCCUGAGAUUCGGCUCAUUGUGAGAGUGUUUUUAUUUGACAAGAAUUCCUCUCUUCAGUGACGUUCUAAAGGUUUGAUGUUUUGAAGGUUUUUUUUUUUUCCAAGAGAGUGAAGCUUUAAUAGCUGUGUGUUUGAUUAUUGUAGCAUCCGGUGUUCCUGAAUGUUUACUGCUCCUUGAGGAAACAUAAUGUCAGGCUUAUUAACCUUUGGGGAAAAGGAGCAGAGACUCUACAGAGCAAUGCAAGGCUGAAUAUUUAAUGAAUGAGGAGAACGUUUAAAGGGCAUGAUAAUGAGAUGAGAUACAACAACUGAUUCAGCCCAGCAGGAAGUUGAUUGAUCAAUGACUGAAUGUAUAUUUGCCUCUUGGUAGCUAAUCAUCACAUAUUGAGAGGAAAACAAACUUUUUUGUAUGUGUCAUAAAUACUGGAGACAAAGAUAAUGAGUUAGUCACAACCUGAUUAUUGUAGAUUGAUCAAAUAACUGAAACCCGAGGAUGAUCAGCUGUAGAGUCUGCUGUGGGGUUGAGGUGGUUUCAAGUUUGCAUUAGUGAUUUGAACACAACUGCUGCCCCCCACAGUGAGCACAAAAGACACUUUUUUGGUUUGUUAAACAUUUUAUGAACAUGUGAUCUUUUUUUAUCAGCUGAGCAGAUUUCAGAAUAAAAUAAUUGUUUAUGCUUUAAGAGCAGCAUUGAACUGAUUUUUUACAUGAGUGGAGUUUUGGUGUUUUAUGUGAGAAAAAGCAUGUUUGAAGCGUCUCAGUGUGUGGAUGCGUGCAUGCGUGUGUGCGUGUGUGCAGUGUUUUAUAUGGAGGCCGUGUUUGCUGUCAGUCCAUUAUUUUUGGCCCACAUCGUGAUAUCAUCAGUGAGCGUCAUGCCUCACUUCAGCCUUGACACUGUGCAGAUGAGGCAUUAAGAAACACACACUCACACACACACGCAGGACGCACCGACAUCAUCUGCUCUCCUUUGUUACCCUGUUUUCUCAAAAUCCGCUCUGUUUUAUUCUUGUUUUUUAGAUUUUGAUGAAAAUUUGAGGUUUAUGAUGGAGUAAGGUUUAUUAAAAAGCUAGGUUGAAGACUUGAGUCUCAUGAGUCAUCACAUAGCAACAGUUCCCGGCAAAAAUAGUCUGUUAGUUCAUGAUAGCAGACUUGAUAGUUGCUAUGGUAACAGAAGGUUGAUAGAGAUGUAAUCGCCUGUGCUGGUCACACUCUGGAGGACUUGGUCUAUGUGUCUGCGUUUGGUCCAUGCCAUAGUGACCAACACCAUCAUGAGCACUACUGACGUCUGCAGUACUCCACCCAAACACUAGUUGGCAGUAGGAUGUCUAUACUCAUCAUAUCAUCAGAUGUCUGCGUGAUAAAUUACCCUGGGCUCCUAUCUUUCAGGCCGCAUCAACAUGUUUGUUUUUGUUAUAAAGAGGCUUUUUAGCAUGAGUGUGUAUGUGGAAACUAGUGCUUCUGGAGUCAGCCUCAAGUGGACACUUGAGGAACUGCAGUUUUUAUCACUUACAUGUUGGCUUCACCUCUUUGGACUUGCCAUAGGGGGAAAAUACCAAACAUGUGUAGACACCUGAUCAAAUCAGCUCAUUUUUUAAGGUUGUGCAUAACCCGCGUUUGUCUUCCUCCACUUCAUCCUUCUCUGGUCCUGAUAGGGUUUAAACAGUCUGCAAGGAUUUGUUCCUAUACUCUUGUCACUGUGUGAAAGCAGCAGUAGACUUUUUAACAAGUUUUAUUUGAAGGAAAAAGUCUGACCAAUCCAAAGUUUUGUUUGUAUUUUCUUAAACAGGUUUAAUAUUGACCUGCCUUCAUUUAAAUCGGGCUGUGUGUUACAUUUACAACAACAAAAUAAGCGGUAGAAGUAGAUACAGCAUUAAACCAGCUCAUAUUUUUAGAGACUAUUUCUCACCUGGUUGAAAUAUUUGAAUACAUAUUACAGUGAAUUGAAAAGCUCGUGAAAAUGAACAUCCUCUCCUGAAUAAAUUCUUUUUGUUUUUGGAGCUUUAUCACGUUACGUGGUGUUUCCUCAGCUGUUUGAUGUGGUAAUUACAAAAUAAAAGAUGGUGUUGACCUCCAUUGUUGCCGUCUCCUGUGUCAUUGUUUCAGAUGCUUCUAUUCAUAAUCCUGGAUUUAAUUUAUGAUGUUGUUCAUUAUCAGCUAGGCUUUGAUUUCAUUCUGUGUGCUCACUGUUUACUGUGAGAGGAUGAAGGUUGAAUCAGUGAAUAUCCUGAUUAAUGAGGUCGUUUUAGAUUUCAGAAUAGUUCAAGUAACAAGCAGAGAGCCGGGAGGACGACAGUGGACACUACAACCAAAUCAGAGACUGUGAUUUUAAGUGGAAAAGAACAGACAGAGACAGACCACACAACUCUCAUGCUGGGUGGAAGUUUGCUGCAGAAAGCGAGAGGAAAACUACAGAAAUAUGCAAAGUUGAAGUUUAAAGGAUCUGAACUCAAACCAGGACUCUGUUGACUGCUUUACAAUCACUGGGAGCCUGAAACCGUGUUCGGAGGAACGUCUUCUCUGACCCCAGCGGUGACUCUGCACUUCGUGGUCAUUUAGCUAUGUAGAGCAUCAAAAUAAGUGUGUAUUUUAAUUUGUGUAUGCAGUCCGUGUGUGUGUGUGACACAGUCUUGUCGAAGCUAACAUGCUGAACCAUUUGAUGUCAACUGUUGGUGGCGACAUGCCCAGAAAACUGUGUGUGUUAUUUUUAUUCACCGCCUGGUUCAGACUCUGUUUUAUCACAACAGUUGUUAACAGAAAUGUUGUUUACUCUCAAAGUGCUGAAGACUUAAAUAAUUCAUGUGUUCGGAUGUUUGUUUCCCCAAAAAAUGCUCCAGAAAAUUUCAGCCUCAUACAACAACCAGCCAGAGCAGAACGUUCGGAUCAAAAGCAGCUCAACUUAACAUUAUUCAUAAGCUUUUAUUUUGAAAGAGUCGGUUUGAAGGCCUUUAAUCUGUUUUGGGGUUUAUGGCGGUGUGCAACAUGAUAUGAGCAAAUCCUGAAAGCUCUGUGGGGGGUGUUUUUGUUUUUGUUUUUUUUAUUCCAGCAGUUUGAUUUUUAGUGCAAAUUGGAUCCUCAAUAAAAAAGAGAAAAGAAAUCUCUAACAGGCCAAUGUUUCCUCUCUCUCUCUCUCUCUCUCUCUCUCUCUCUCUCUCUCUCUCUCUCUCUCUCUCUCUCUCUCUCUCUCUGUACAGGUACUGGUGACCCUGGCUAGUUGACACCCUGCUUCUCCUGCCCUUCACCCCACUCAGCCCCCCCACCCCCUGUCCUGACCGGGUGUCGGUGCUGCCGGCUGUGGAUUGGAGCACUCUGAUAGGAGGAUUUGCGAGGUGGUUUUUCGGUCUGGCGCCGCCUCCCCCAGGGGCCGGCGUGCGCUCCCAGCAGCCCGUGGUGCCCUGUGCCCCCCCCUCCCCGUCACUGCACAACAGAGCCCAUGCCCAAGGUAAGACCAGGACCAGCACCACGCUGAUGCACAGGAGGGGGAGACACUGAAAAUCUCUGUCAGUCAUGAAUCAGUCAGACUCAUAUUUUGGUUUCUUCUUGUGUGAAGUCUGAUGUGUAGAUUACGUUGAACAUUUUGAAAGCAGAGAAAAUCUGUUUUUAUCGAUGAAUGAAAAAUGUGGACAUCACGAAUGUAGCUGAACCCUAAUAACCAUAAUAUAAUAAUAUCCUUCUGUCUUUGGCAGGAGGAGGUGUGGUGCGUCCGCCAGGAGCCAUGUGCCUCCCUCACACCAACAACAUGGACAGCAAGCUACAGGGGGCGGGGCCGGGGGGAGGGGCUUCACUUCGAUCACGGGCAGGAGGUGUUCCACUGGAGCCCUUCAUACAUCAGGUUGGUACUGAUGACCCCUGUUUCAAAAAGGUCAAACGAAGGAGCUCUGUGUGAAAUACCUAACAUGACUUUGUUUUUGUCUCAGCUGUUUUCAUGGGUAUUUAUAUUUGUCUGUGAUUUCCAGGUGGGCGGUCACACCAGUAUGAUGCGUUACGAUGACCACACAGUGUGUAAGCCUCUGAUCAGCAGAGAGCAGCGCUUCUACGAGUCUCUGCCUCCAGAAAUGAAGGAGUUCACGCCAGAGUAUAAAGGUAAGUCACAGACGUUUGUCCUGAGUGCAGACAUGGAGGAGAGCUGGGCCUGUCCGGGGAUUCCCUUCAUUGAUUUGCUCCUGAGUUUCACUGCAGAGAAAUACUGCAAGUAUGUUGGACCACAAGCUUGUGUUACAUUAAAUAAGACCCAUCGAUCAGAGCUGAAGUCGUCUGCUGGUUCGACUGCUCUUUUAAAUCACAUCACCUGUUCUCACAGCGUUUGAACACGGUUUAGUCGGCGCAGAAAAAUAAUGGCCUGUCCUGUGAACCCGCAGUCUCAAAGCUGGGAUCCUGACAGGUUUCUCUGAUAAGUAGAAUACAACAUCAUGGUGGGAAUAAGAUAUUUGGAUAACAAUGAAGGUCUUAGUGAAUGGGAAAUACAUGACCUGGUGGUGCAGGUUUCCAAAAUAAAAGCGUGGAAAAAAACAGGUUUGUCCUCCAGACAAUCUCUCUGUCAGCUCUUGUUGCAGAAAUCCUCGAUGGAGGAAUCUGCUGUUCAAACAGCUCAGCUUUGAUUCUGCUCCACUGCUCUGAUAGUCUUAAUCCCUCUGAAGAUGAAAACGAGGUUGUGCGUGUUUUUAUUAUUUGUUAUUAUGACCGUGGCAGAAUGACACACCAAGUCUCACUGAACAGUUGGAGCAUCAGGGCUGAGGUGCAUCAGCAGAAACUCGAGUGGAAUCGCACAGAAACUUCCUGUCAGUCAAAUGAGCAGAUGUAAAUGUAAAUAAUGUAAAUACUUAAAGCCUAAACACGACUUUUAACUCACACUUGAUGUCAUGCUGCUCACCAUUAACAGAGCAAAUACUGAGCAGUUGCUGUAAACUAGCACUGCAAGGCGACAUGAUGACUAAGUCGAAUGACUAACAAGUCUUAUCCCACCAUACAUCCAGUCUCAUUCUCAGUAUUGGCUGUUAAAAGAGAUCGUUCAGAAACAAAUUCAAGGAGAGAGGAGACAGAUGUCCACUUUUUUUUUACUGAGAAGGCUGCUGACAAACUCCUGCCCCAUCAGGCCAAAACUGGAGUGUCCUUGUCGGAUCAGAAACUAACUUUUUUAACUAUUUGAACAAUUAACUGUGAUUGAUUCUAUCAAAAGUCUUGGAGACAUCUUUGAACCUUAUUAGGGACCUUCCUGACUCUCAGGUGUGUAAAACACCUUUGAGUUAUUUAUUUAUUUCAAUGACCCCGGGUGUUAAGGUGUUAUGACAGCUUCUUUUAUUAUGAUCAUAUUUUAAAUGGAGCUUGAAAGUUAAGGUUCCUUUGUCGGGAGAAAUAGUUUCCAUCUCCGAGUUCUUAGGCGGAAGGAGAAGCCGAUAGACGGACAGAGGAGACGGAUGGAGGUGCGGAUGUUUACUGGCAGGGGUUAGGCUGCUCUGCUCUCCAUCAGCAGACACCUACUGGAGCUGCUUCCAAACAUACUCUGAUAGCCAGUCUACACACACACACAAUCCCCUCCUGCAUGUGUGUGACCUAUUUUUAUUUUAGCAAAUUAUGUAAAAGAGGGGAGAAUGACGAAUGUGGGAGGUCUUUGGGGAGCAGGAUGGAUUUGAUGUGGGCACAGAGAGAUGUUUUGAUGGUGGAUAGAGCAGGUGUAACAACAAUGAUGGCUCUAUUCCAUUUAGGUUUGCUUUAGAGUCGCAACAGUGAGCCAACAAACAGACCAGCGGGGCUCUGACUGUAAACCCGACUUAUUAUGAUUCAUUAACUUCAUCUCUCUUUGAAACAUCUCCAAAAGUAAUGUUUUGCUUUGAGCCGAUAGCUGUGUCCCCGUUCCACGCCUCAGACUGAUUCUAAACCUGUUAGAAAGUUGUUGAGUCACACAGGAAAGCUGCCAGUGUGGAGACAUAAAUGGUAUUCUUCCAGAGAAAUGAUCAAACUGAGUGAGGUUCCAGUUUAAUUCCAUGAUACUAAGAAUAUUUGACCAGUCCUGACACAGUUUAGCCUCAAUCUUUCCUUUUUUGGGUCUGAAAAAAGGACAGAGGGGGGGAUUAACCAAGACUGGAUCACCAGCACCAAGAAUUGCUCAUCUUUUUCUCUUCCAACCUGCUUCAGCUCAAAUUCCAAGUCACAGAGUUCACCGCACCAAUGAUUACGAAGCAGCAAAAUGGCCACUUUGCUCGUGUUUUGCAUUUGAUUGUGGAGAUGAGCUGUCAGGGUCUGCAUUUUUCACUCUACUGUGUUGCAGCGUUCACUUUUACCCACAUAUGAGCAGGAUGGAGGGGAGACGAUUCCUUUCAGUUUAUGGUGGAGUGAUUCAGAAAAGUGUGACACAGUUUUUUCACAUCUUACCUCCUAGAAAACUUAUUCUUACUCCUUGGCUUUUAACCCAGCAUGAGAGUUUUGUGGUCUGUCUCUGUCUGUUCUUUUAAUGGAUUUUUUUUAUUUGCUCUUACAGUGUUUUUAUUUUAUUUUAUUUUAUUUCUUCAUUAUUUAUCUUUAAAAUGUUUUUAUUUGGUUUUAUUAUGAUUCUUUUAUUUUAUUCUUUUUCCUCUCAGACAACGUUUUAUGUUCUGUGUGUUUUAACUUAUUUUACUUCACUGUGCAGCACUUUGCUAAAAUUAAUUGUUUUUUUUUUAUUUGCUAUAUAUAUCAAGUGGAUUGGAUUGAGUAGAACCAGCUAGCAAAAAGCAGCUCAUUAAGAUUCUUAGGACAAACACUGUCAUAUAUAAGAGCACAAACCCAUAUGUGCCGAGGUCGAGCCCCAGACUGAUUGAACUCCUGAUUAUUAUAGUAACAGCAAUGUCAAAGUAAAGUGAAUUGAACAAAAGUGCAGAUUUAUCCACUGGUGGAAAUGUCCUAACCUGUGGAAGUUAAUACUCGACUUUCCCUUUAAAACUGCCGCCCAGUUAGUACCAGCUAUCAACAGACGUACGAUCACACACAUAUGAUUGGUGAAGUCGAUUUCUCUUGCAGUAAGGAUCAUUUGCAUAGAGACGAGACUGACUUUCCCUUAAUUCAUUCAUAAUGGCAUAUUUAAAGGUAUGCAAACAGCACCAACACACGCAGACUGGGUUUGCUCUGCAGGGCCAGUUGUGGAGCAUGUAAGCUUUUGCAUGUGAUUUGUGCAUGAGACAAUGUUUCUAAACUCAUUGGAGAAAGCACAAUGAGAAAGCACAAAAAAGCCACUCAGUCAGUACGUUUGUGAUUUACUGUUUUUACUCUCAUCACAUUAAAGCCUCUGUUCUUAUUCACUAAAAUCACAGUUCUGGGCUCUUUAGUCUGCUGGUAAUGCAUCCCAUCAUUAGAGCAGCUUUUAGACAGUUUUUUGGUUGUUUGUGAAGAGUCCCCUUCUUUCAGUGUGAAGGCAACUGAGAGCAAUGAAGUGUUUCCUCCUCUGGUGAGGGUGAGAUUGAACUGCACUCUGUCUCUACAAAGCAGAGAGGCUAAAUAAAUCAUAAAGAAUAUAUCACAGUGAAUUAAGCCAACGCUCAGGGUUAACGUUCGCCCUGCUGAACAUCAGCGUGCAGCUGUCUUUGUUUAUAUAGUCGUGCUCCUCUUUAAAUCUUAUAAUUAGGAACUUGGAAGAAUUCUCAUCAGAAAAAUGCGAAUGAUCAAACUACACGUUUUGAAAUGUAUUAACCACUCAAUGAUGAGACUUAAUUUGUCACACAGGUGCAUUAACAGGCAUCAUAAAAUCAGUGAUUAGAUCACACUCUCCCUCCGUCCUGAAGCUCACUGUUUCACUGUUCCCACGAGGACACCUGGUGGAUUUAUUCCCAGCACACUGACCUACAGGCACUAGUUUGUCUGUUUUCUCACCAGUCCACCUCGCGGUUGUAUUGGGUCUCUCUGCCAUGACAACAAAAGUCCAUGAGGAGUCUAUUUUUAGCCCUGGAUGUCUGCCCACUACCAUUGUCCUGCUUAUUAAAUAACAGCAGACAGACAGACAGACGGAUGGACAGACAGCUGUCCAGUAGUGACUUUCUGCUCCCGUCAAGGUUGUUCCACCUGAAACUUCUUCACCUCAGCAGAUCAGGUUUCCACUUUCCACUUGAGAGUGUGGGGCCGGAGGAGAAGUCUGAACGUCUGGGAGAAGAGCGGACCUGCCUCUUCAGUUUGGACUCGAUGUUUAGAGUAGAUUUCCCUCCAGUGAGCAAACAGACGUCAAAAUUCAAUUUGGUCCAACAGAGAGGAUGUUCAGUGUCUCACUUAGAGAAGAGGAGAUGUUCUAAAAAUAACAGCUUAAUGUUUCAAUAAAACAUGGUCAGACAUUCCUGUCCAGCAUAAACAGUUUCACAAUUGAGUUUCCAGAACAUUUAUUAGAUCUUGAUAAACAGACAGAAGACAAAUGAGCCUAAAAGCCGACUUUAAGUGUUUUAUUCAAGUGUUGUUGAACCCAGAGCCUCCAAAGGGCUUCAGCUCUGGAGGCACUCUGAUGGUUCCCUUGUUUGGUGUUUCUAUGAUGGUGUGGGUGGAAACAUCAGUACAAUGCUGCUUUUAAAGAUUCAUUUCUGUUGUUCGGUUGUUCAGUUAUUAUUAUUAUUUUUGUGCUUUUAGGUCCAAAUGUCCUGUUUUUUCUGUGUCCUGUCAGGUGUGGUGCUGGUGUGUUUCGAGGGCGACUCAGACGGCUACAUCAACCUGGUGGCGUACCCCUAUGGGGAGACCAACAUGGAGGGAGGUCCCACAGAGCACGAGGAGCGGGACCCCCCAGAGAGGGAGCAGCCAAGGAGGAAACACUCCAGACGAAGCCUCCACCGCUCGUCCUCCUCCUCCGAACACAAAGACGAGCGGACAGACAAGAGGGAGGCGCACGACAAUGACUCUUCGGAUAAGUAAGAUUUGAAGAUUAGCACCAACAUUCCUCUUUUCUCUCCGAUCUUUAACGUUCGAUAAAAAUGCUCAAAAACUCGACUUGGUUUUUAAAAAUCUAUUACUCAAUAUUUGGACCAUCCAAAGCUAAGAAAGUACAGGACACCAUCCUCAGUAAUUAGCUGUAUGUAACUGUUCAAACAUUAAAAGGUAUAACAAACAUUCUCCCCACAGUCUGGCUGAGCUGAAGAGUCCGCGGCUCGACCCAAAGAUCCACUCAGACGUCCCCUUCCAGAUGCUGGACUGGAACAGCGGGUUGAGUUCAGAGAAGAUCAGCCACAACCCCUGGAGCCUGCGCUGCCACAAACAGCAGCUGAGCCGCAUGAGGUCCGAGUCCAAGGACCGCAAGCUCUUUAGUAUCCUUCCUCAGCCAAUCACAUCCACCGAUACUCCACAUCGUUGUUAUUCAAAAAAAUGUUGACUUUUUGGUCACAGGAUAGAAAAAUCCAGUAAUGGAGGCAAAAGAGGGGGGGGGGGGUAUAGUGGUGAGGUGGGGGGUGCCUGAGGUCAUAAGGUCAGAGGUCAUGUUUUGAUGUUCAGCUUCAAAGCUAGCACAAUGCAGCUGCCUGGAAAACCAAACACGUGCUCCGUCCUCCAUACUGUCCGCCUGUUUUCUGUCACUGAGCAAAGCUGCUGUCAGAGGACACAGGAGGUCGUCUGUGCAGACACACGGCUCACUCCGGUUAUGUUCAUCAUAACACUGUUAUUAUAAGACCAUCAAACAACGGGGAAAAGCGUCUCUGAAAACGGUCCUUUUAACGUGUUUUAUUCUGCAUGUUUGCUGCUUUUAUCAUCACCAACUCAGAAGAGAGGCGAUGUGCUUUAAAUGAGUAAACAAAGUGGAGAACAGAUGAAGAUAAAUGAAGGUGUGAAAUGUAUUCAGAUUGAUCGUCAGGAAUGUUCUUUCUCUGUGAUUACGGCAUUUGUAAAUUAGCAUUUUUAAUUUAGGCUUCACACUGAGCGUGUUUGUUCAGGAGCUGGAAAAUCAUUUUAAAAGAGUGAAACAGACUCGUGAGAAAUCAAAGUAUGAUUUAGUUUGAUUGUUUUUUCCAUCAGUGUUGGAAGUGCAGAGAUGGCUCUGCCUGUCAUCCCUAAUUCCAUGAAUGGACUUUCAUGAAUGAAUGGACUUCACUCAGAUUAGUUCUCGUCUGCUGGAUGCUGAAUCACUGAUGGGAUCUGUGACAGAAAACAAAACUCUGGACUCGCUUUUUUGUUCAGCUUGUUUUCUGUCAGUUUCAUAAUCUAACACACACAAGAGGAGAGGAUCAUUAGAGAUGACAACAAUGAACACAUCUGGUAUAUUAAAAAAGGAGCUGCAAGAGAGAACUUGAGUUAGUUAAAGGUGGGGUAGGCAGGAUUUUGUUAAAGAGACAUCUUUUUUCUGUGGUUUAAAUUCAAAAAAAGCUUUUAAUAUCAGUCAAUAGCUAUUAGUCAUUGAUGACGUUUGAGAAUAUCAUGAUAUCACUGUUUUGUUAUGUCUGUGUCGUCAACAUUAAAAUUUUUUGAGCGCCCCGCUCUUUCUGUCUGUAAACAAAGCCGUUCUUCACCUCCCUGACCUGAUUGGUUGUGAGGCAGACGCUGCUGCCCCGUGUUGUGAGGCACACUCCACGUCCUCAAAUAACCUGCAUGAGCCCAACAAAAGUUAGCGUGCUACAAUAUCGGACAGUAGAAACCAACCGGAAAGUACGGAAAAUUGUCUGAAUCCUCCUUUGGCCUCGACUGCCGACACAAGCAAGAAAACGAAAUAAAUACCGGAGACUCUGGAGGAAUAACAGUCGCUUAGAAAGGAGGUAGAGCGGACAAGAGCCAAAAAACCGGGUCAUAAUCAAUGAAGCAUAAACAAAUGGGGAUGCUUCAGGAUCUUACGGACCUGUAACCUUUCUGCUGGAGAGGAAAACCACUUUAACAAAAUAAUCAUCAUAAGCUAUCAUGGUAGCUUAUAAUUGUUUAUCUUUUAUCUCGUUUAUCUCUUUUGAAUUAAUUAUUCUGGUUCUGAACAUUUCAAGCUUUUGUGUUUCCAGUCUCACUGUAGAGAUUAAAGAUCUGAGAAAUUUGCUCCCUGACUGCAGCGUUUCAGAGUUUCUAUUGCUGGAGAACGUGGUGCAUCACUUCUCGUACCCCUGCAUCCUGGACCUGAAGAUGGGCACCAGGCAGCACGGGGACGACGCCUCAGAGGAGAAGGCGGCCAGACAGAUGAAGAAAUGUGAACAGAGCACCUCAGCGACGCUGGGAGUCAGAGUGUGUGGCAUGCAGGUACGAUGCCAUCAGGGUCUUUCAAACUUCUGUAACUUUAAAUCAGUUCACUCUUCAGAAUUCCCGCAAUGAUGUUGCUUUGAUAGAUUAAACAUACCUCGGCUAGGAGGAUUAUAGAUGUCUUAUUCUGUGUUUAAAUGUCCAGUUAUGGAGGUUAUAAACUGAAUGUAUAAAUCUCAUCUUCUCCUCUAAAUACAGACCAUUGAAUUCACUGCACUGUUUAUCACCUGCAGACCUGGAACUGAAAUAGUUAUCCAAGGAUACUGAAGAAAAAUAAACAGCCUCAGACAUAGUUCAACAUGUUACAGCUAAAAAGUGGAUGAACUAACUCCCCUGAUAAAAAUGACACACAGCUGAGCAUCUCGACUGUUCAUAAUCCUUCAAAUGAACCAGUUUUAGAGGGAAAGUGAUAGAAACCUUUGCUGAACUGUUCUGAUGUUGUGUCUCGUGUGUCUCUGAGCAGGUGUACCAGAUGAACACAGGUCACUACCUCUGCAGGAACAAGUACUACGGCCGCGGCCUGUCGAUCGAGGGUUUCCGUCAGGCGCUCUACCAGUACAUGCACAACGGAAAGGGUCUGAGGCAGGACCUCUUUGAGCCAAUCCUGAAUAAGCUACGCAGCCUGAAGGCGGUGCUGGAGAGACAGGCGUCCUACCGCUUCUACUCGUCUUCACUGCUCAUCAUCUAUGAGGGACAGGUGAGCCGGGACCGGGUCUCAAAACAUCAGCACAAGCUAGUUUGUUUGGUUAAAGUCAACCAAUGACCCGUCUGUCUGAAGUAGUUAAUAUUUAUUUAUUUAGUUUAUUUUUAAAAGUUAUUGUAAAAGGGAAAAGACCAUUACUUAAAUAUUUUCCUCCUCUCAUCAGCAUCAAAUGAACUGAAAGGAGGUGAGCUCUAGUUCUCAGAGUGGGUCCAUCUAAAAAAACUGGUUUAUGAUCAAGUCCAUCACAUCUAGUUUCUGCUGCCUUCAGUCAAAUGAUAACUGUGAGAGGACCUCUCUUAAUGCCGUGUCUGGUUCUGCAGGAACCUGAGGAACCUUCAGUCCUCAGCUCGGGGCAGCACACCACCCUCACUCAGAAGACUCCUCCAGCCCCAACAGAGCCUCAUCGCAGCCCCCUACCCCACCCACCUCCACCCAAAGGAGCCCCCUGUGAAACGGACAUGAGCCAGAACCCAGACCCCGGGUCUCUGUCCUCUCAGGGACCUGGACUUAUGGCCCCGCCCUCUCCCUCCCAUCGUCCCCCCAUACAGACCCCGCCCACCAAAUCAGACUGCCACUCCUUCCCUCUGUCCACACCUCACCCCCAUCCAGACUCCUUCUCCCCUGCUCCAAGCUUAACGUCCUUACCUCCUGCUCCUCCCCCACAGCCCAAGCAGCCCCCCCUGGUGGACGUUCGUAUGAUCGACUUCGCCCACUCCACCUUCAAAGGUUUCCGUGGCGACACAGCGGUGCACGAUGGUCCAGAUCAGGGCUACGUGUUUGGACUAGAGAGCCUGGUCCAGAUCCUGGAGAGCCUGCGGGAUGACAACCUGCAGUAGCUCCAAAUUCACACACACACACACACACACACACACACACACACACACACACACACACACACACACACACACACACACACACACACGGUGAGAUGAAAGUAGGUCCAGGUCAUGCAGUCCCUGAAGGUCACGCUACAGCAUUCUCUAGAACUGGGACACUCUGGCUGUAAGUAUGGAACAGGUCCUUCAGGACGUCACCAUGGCAACCUGGGUGUUCUCCAGUCAUGUAGUUACUAUAGCAACAGCCGAGAGGUGGGACUGUGGAGUGGGAUAAGAUCUUCAGGACAAUAUGGAGAACUUUUCCACAACAUACACUUAUACACACACACGCACACACACACACACACACACACACACACACACACACACUCUUUUUUUUGUACAUCUCUAAUUGUGAGGACCUUCUUCUGCGUGAAGCAUUCCCAAACCCCUGAUUCAAAAACUAUCCAAACUAAGAUCCAUCCCUGACCUUUAACCUGGACUGAACCUUCACCUGAACAUCCUCUCCUCUCAGACAUGUGUUCCUCUUCUCGUUCCUUCGCUCAGUUUUGAGUUUCACUUUGUAGAAUAGCGCUGGUGCAGAGUCUUGACUCAAGAGACGGAAAGCUUCUCCAGACCUGCCGAGACACAUGCAGACCUUAUAUUCAACCACAUUUACAGUGAUUUUACAGCCAUGAGCAGAUGUCAGUUUCAGGGGUUAAGACCAUGACAGCUCUGUUAGGGUUUAAGGGUGCUCCUCGUGUCUCUUUUGUUUGGUGAAAGGUGCUCUUCAAGUUCAGUUCCUGCUUUAUUUGGACAGUGCUUUUGAUGGGCAGAUGCAAUCAAACAUCUUUAAGCUUCCGUCUAAGUUUUUGUCUCAGCCCACGAUGUCAGUGUCCCCAAUUAACAGAGGCACUUACUCAUAAACCAGCAGCAAACAUUCAACUAGAGGCUGUUAGCUUUUUGCAAACCCCUGAUGUUUUGAGAUAAGAGCUUGCUGGUUUCCUUUUAGUUUGAGGUUUUAACGCAGCUGAUAUAUGCCCUUAAUUUUGUGAAUUAUUAAGCCCGCAAGGUUUCCCACAUUAGUCUGUGACCUGAAAGUGCUGUGGUGUGAGCAGGUGUAAUUUUUUAGUGUUUUUAAGUUUUUCAAAAUCUAUUUUAAAACCUCUUUACGAGAGCGGUGUGAUAUUUGUACCCCGUGUGAGCACCAAAGGUUGAUGAGAAACUAUCAAAUAACAAAAGCAGCAUCGGUAAUCGCAGGUUAAUGAAGUAAAAGGCUGUGAAAAAACUCUGUAUGUGUAUCUACAGGAAGUGAAACACACCUUUGAGUGCAGGAUGUCUCCAACCAAACUUUAACAAUGAUCUUUGAAAGACCAAAACUCCAUAUGAAAAGGUCCACAGCUGACAUUGGUCCUCACAAGGAUGGAUGAACAACACACAAACACACAUAGAAACACACACACACACACACACACACACACACUCAUCUAUCCUGGGAACAGUUUCCUGUGGAGUUGUUUGACAGCCGGACAGAGCAGCUUCUCUCUGAACGACCAAUCAGCUGACUCCCAGGGGCCGCCCACUGAAAUCAGCCAACUCUCACUUUACCCCCCUCUUCCUCCUCUUCCUCCUCCUCCUCCUCUCCUCACCCCCUGACUCCCUCCACCUCCUUUCCCUCCUCCUCCUCCUCUCUCCUCUUUCUCUACAGAAACCAAACCUGGACAGGUGAACUGACUCUUUCUAGAGUUACCUUGACAACGCACUCAGAAACACAUCCGAGCAUCUGUUUAAAGCAAUAGACGGCAAAGAUAGACGGCAAAGAUAGACGGCAAAGAUAGACGGCGUCUCUUUUUUGUUUUCUUGAGCAGUGUGGAGGGCAGCGUCGCCCAGCAGGAGAGGAAGUGCAACAGAGAUUUGAACGAUAGACGUAGGCUUUAAGGAGAGAAUAGAGAUCAUUUCUAUAAACGCUGUACGUCCGUUUUUUGGGCUUUGUUCCAAAACGUUAAGUAGUCGUGUCCUGUAAAAUCAUCCUCUGGGUUAUUGUGUAAUAUCGAGAGCAUAAGUGUCACUUUCCCAAAACCUGGUCUGCUGGUAUUUUUGUUACUGUCAGCAAAUCCCCCCAAAAAAACCAAACCAAUGAGAAGAGAUCCUUCGUGUCCAAAGUCCGAGCCAUAGAGCUUCACAGACGUCCUCCGACGAUUAGAAACCCAUCAGUGAGUCACUCUGCUGCUCUGGAGAACAUCUCCAUCAUCACUUCAAACAUACAAAGUUUAUUUUGACUCCAUCUCACAGCGUCGUGCUGCUGGAAACACUCACAGGAGCUAAGGCAGAAAGCAGCUUUAGCUUGAAUCAACAUCACUCAGCUGUGUUAGAGUUUGUUCUUUUUUUUGUAUGAAGAUUUAUUCAGUUUCUCAAAUUUCUGACCAAGAACAAAAGCGAAGAAAGGGUUCAAAGGUCAUUUAAAGUGGCUGUUUCUGACCCUGGAUCCCUUCAGAAGUUAAGAGAAGUUCAUUUUCACACUUCUGCAUCAGCUGUUUGGUGACUUCUUUAGGGUUUAAAAUGCGUUUCGGUUUGUUGUUUACAUCACGGGCACUUUCUCUUCACUCCAUCUCUCGUUUGAUUCCCGCGCAGCAGCUUGUUGUUGAAAGUAUGAGUGUGGGUCUGUUUCUUUAGGCUUUGUUGGAGGUCAAAGUCACAGAUGUGAUACUGUUUUUAAAGCACUUUGUAUUGAAAAGUAUCAAAGCAUCAAAAGUCUCGGCCACUUUAGUGAUUUCCACGUGAAGGAAUUCUAUCGAGCGUUAAAGUUUGCAGCCGUAACAUCGGGACCAUGGGCCGGUACAGAGACAGGGCCGUCUGUCAACAGUGGCACCUGCUGGUGGGUUGGAUAUGAUUUACAGAAAGUGAACAUUUUCUCCUCUUAAGUGCCAAAAGGUGUGAGGUGGAGCAGCCCAGCCAGACCAUCUCCAAACCUGCAGCUCUUGUAGGGUCAAAAUCGACCUGGAGGGUCCUGAGAACGAGGUCAAGGUGUUGUCUUGGUCUCCAAAUCCUCUAGAUCUCAAUCUAACCCAGCAUCUGUGGGAUGUCCAAAACAUGGAGGCCCCACCUCACAGACUUAAGAACUUGGUGUGCCAGAUACCACAGAGGAACACCUUCACAGGUCUGACAGGGGCCGUGUGGGGUCAGGUCCAGGCUGUUCUAAGCCUGAGCUGAUGAGACAUGGUCAGUAUGAGUCAGGUGGUGAUGAAGUCAUGGCUGAUGGCUGCGUGUUGAAGUGUGUAGAUGAAGUGGUUCCUGGUUGUGAAGAAUGGACCGGAGAGCGAUCCGAUUUACUCUUCGUCUGUGACUCUGAGGGUCUGAUUUUCAACACGGAGCCGCUUUAAUCAGAGAGUUUGUUUGUUUUGUGGAGUGGGAGGCCUCUGUGGGUAAAUCUGAGUCUCUGUGAGGUUUGUUUGGUUUACAGCCUGCCGUGCUGUUGCUCCCUCACUGUUCCUCAGUGUACAGUGAAGCAGCUGAAGCAGACUGGUAGAUGGGAGCUGAAUCAAGGCUCUAAAAUGAUCAUUCCACUGCCCUAGAAAUCUCAGGUCAGACUCUGUCUUGAGGCUUUGUCUGUUGUGGAUUUGGCCCUGAUCCACAGGCCACCACAGCGGACCUGAGAGUUUCUUUUGGACCCUGAAACAUCAGCAGACCAAACCCUCUGUAGUUUUCUGGUUGUUUUGGAUCCUCCUCAGGGUGUGGUGUUACUCUGUCAUGGUUUAAUUGUUGAUGCUCAAAGAUGCACUUUUUAAAAAGUUCUUUGUAUUUUUCUUCCUCUUUAAAUUUUGAAACUUGUGUUGUGCCUAAGAUAAGAAGAACUUUGUAACCAAAAGGGAAAUUUUAAAGAUCUCAGUCCAGCCCGUUUCCUGCUAUAAGAUCAAGUUUUCAGUCCUCGUUUCGAAGCCCCUGUGAGAAGCCUUCAGGUACCUCCAUUUUGACAGCUUGUUGUUGACAUAGCCGGGUGAUUUACCUCAGCUGAACUUUUUAAAAUACUUUUUCCUGACGAUGGUGAUUUGCAGAUCAUUUAAACUGAAAAUAGCGCAAAGACAAUGUAUCAGAUGUUAAAAUCGUGACAAAAGUAGAUCGUUUUAUAAUUGAUAUGUGCUUACAUGGAAUUUUAUGCCUUCUUCAAAAAACUUCAAAGCAGUUUUUAAGAAAUCACAGAAAAAUUUUAGUAGCGAUAAAAUAAAACCCACCUAAAGGAGCAUCUGCCAGUUCAUGGGGUCAAUCUGCGACAUGACUGAGUAAAAAAGGGAGAAACAGCUUUAAUAUUAAUUUGUGGUUAGGUUGUUUUAAAAAAAUUAAUAAUAAUUAUAUUUUUGAGUCAUUUUAAAAUGCGAACAAAGAAGAAACUAACUGCAGCAAAAGAGGAAGAAUAAGGUGGUUUUGGAGUCGAGGGUCUCGAUCGUUGGUUUUGGUCUUUUUGGGGGAUUUGUCGACAACAAAAGAUAUAAAAUAAAUCCAGCCGUGUUCUUUGAGUUGAAGCUGGGUGAUAUGGUUGAAUGACAAGAAUAUUUAAUAAGAAGAAUAUUUUUCUUACAUAUAUUAUAUUCAUAUAUAUAAAUGUGAUAAAAUCACAAUAUUAAAAAUCUGUGCAAAAUCACUUAAUCAUCACAUCAUGUCCAGUUGAAGGAACGAUGGGCCCGUUAUUUCCCUUAAUCAGAAAACAAACUUCACUUUUUGCUGUUUUUUUUUCUUUGUUUUUUUUUUGCCUGAAUUUAAGAAUUUGAACUGAGUCUGAUGUUUUCAAUAAUAAUAAUGCUGAUUUUUUUUCUUGGCCCUGCCUCAAAUGUGUCCUGACACACUAAAACAUCCUCCACAUCCCUGAACCGUCUGCAGAUUUGGUCUCUUCUAAAGAUGUCAGCAUCUCUCUCAUCUGAUUGGUCCUGAUGAGACGGUUUUAGCCAAUCACAUUCGAUCAUUUAUGCUUCCGUCAAUGAGCUCCAGAGGCAGGCUGUGACACAGCGCUGCCCCCUGCUGGACAGCAGCAGAACCUCACCCCUCAGAGCUGGAAUAAGAUAGAGCAGAUAUGAAUAUUUUAUUUUUGGUUUAUGGAGGUGAUAAUUUAUUUUUUUAUCGUACCUUUACCCAUGUGUGUGGGUGACUGUUUGUCUUUUACAUGUUUGCCCCAAAAUGUAUAAAAUGUAAAGAAUUUAGAGUCACAGUGUGUAAGAAAACACAGUAUUAUAAGAGCCAACUCAAGUCUGUUUGACCUUCUUAGAGGAGAAUAAUUUACACCUCUUUUCUUUGGAGUUCAAAAAUUUAAAAUCAAGCUCCGUCACAAUGAAACAUGUUUUUAAAGUUUGACGGCGAGCAGAAGUUGGUCUUUUUAGAAUAUUUUAGACCCGAUGAUGUUUAAUGACGAAAACUGAGGCGGGAAAACAGACUUGAGUCUGCUCACUGAGCCCAACACUUGUGCCUGCUGUGGAGUUGUUGCUCAGGUGGGAAGCUCCUCUGAAAGUGUGUGUGUGUAUGUGUGUGUAUAUGUGAGUGUGUGUUAGGCACCAUCUUUAGUCUUUGGUUUGUUUCACUUCACGUCUAAGGAGCCGGUAAAGAAGUGCAUGCACAUUAAUGUCCUCCUGUUGGGGUCAGUCUCCUUCCUUCACAGCGUCGAACCCUCCUGUUACAGUCCUCACAGAGACAUCCACGUGUCCUCUCAGAUCAUGAUUCUUCAUCAUGAGUAUUAGCCUCAAUGAUCGAUCAGUUAUUUAGCUGCAUUUUCUGCAUCUGACAUCAUCCUGACUGUUUGUUAGAACAGUGAAAGUACGUGAGAUUAAAUCUUUCCAGAAGCUUUUGGACUUGUGUUUUCAUUCCUGACAGACUGACAAAGUUUUGUGCAAACUUUUAUGUCAUACCUUGAUGAUAAAACUGUGUAAAAAGUAA